AUGGGAAUAAAUGUCUGUGAUCUCACACUGGACCCAAACACAAUAAACAGACACCUCUCUCUGUCUGAGGAGAACAGAAAGGUGACAUGUAGGAGAGAGGAGCAGCCGUAUCCUGAUCACCCAGAGAGAUUUGAGGUCUGGGAACAGGUGCUGUGUAGAGAGGGUCUGACUGGGCGCUGUUACUGGGAGGUAGAGUGGAGUGGGAGUGGGGCUGUUAUAGGAGUGACAUAUAAAGGAAUCAACAGCAGAGGAGGGGUUAAGAACUGUUGUCUUGGAUACAAUGACAAGUCCUGGAGUCUGUUCUGCUCUGACAACAGUUACAUUGCCUGGCACAAUAAUAAUCCCACUACCAUAGACGUCCCCUCCUCCAGCUCCCACAGAGUAGGAGUGUAUCUGGACUGGCCAGCCGGCACUCUGUCCUUCUAUAGAGCCUCCUCUGACACACUGACCCACCUGUACACAUUCACCUCCAAAUUCACUGAGCCCCUCUAUCCAGGGUUUAGGAUUGAUUAUGACUCCUCAGUUUCUCUGUGUCAGGUAAAAACUUUAUUUUUUUUGAAUAAUUAAAUAAUGAAAUAAUAACACACACUGGACACACCUGACUCACACACACUCACUGGAUACACACACACACACGCUGGACACACACACACAGAACACACGCAUACACAGACACCCAUACACACUGGACACACACACACACUGGACACACACACACACUGGACACACACACACACACUGGACACACACACACACUGGACACACACACACACUGGACACACACACACAUACACACAGUCACGGAUACAGGUAUCCUGUGUGUGUAUCCUGUGUUCUUUUCUCUCCUUCUCUCCUCACAGGUGAAAAUCAUCACUCCCCAAUCAGUCACCAAUCAUCAAUCAGAAGACACACCUCCUCCUGUUUCCUACCCUAUCACAGUUCCUUUCCCUUGGUUUAAAAACCCCAUCAGUUGUUUGCUCUAGAGCUCAAUCUCUCUGUAAAUGCCAUGUCUUUAGGUCUCUCUGUUUCACGCUCUCUUUAUGUAUUGAGCUAUCUUUUGUUUGAGCACCUCCAUAGCACUUUGUCCUCACCUGUGAGUAUUGUUUUGGUUAUGGUGUUUGUUUGCUGGUGGGAAAAGGGGGAACCAAGACAAGUCGCCCAUGGGCAUACACUACCCGUAGGUAAACUUUGUUAAAUACACUAGUUAGAACUGGGUGGACCACCCACUGUAUUUUUGGUUAGUUAGCUGUUAAAGUAGGCUAGUCUAGCUUCGGGGUGUUUGAAUAAUUCUUUUUUCUUUCCUUGGGUCCAGCUCAGCCCCUUUUCCUGCUCCCCCCAUUACCGUGUGUUUUAUUAAUAAACCCUGAGUUUGACGGUA